CGGCUCCUUAAAGCGGAGCGGCUUCGGGGAGACUUUCAGGAGGAGGGGCCGGGGGAGGGGGGUUCGGGCUUUAAGGAGGUUAUUGUUGUCGCUGUAAACUGCUGCUUUAGUCUGGGUUUACACUUUCCCAGGUUAUCCGGCAGCAUGUUCAGCUGGCUGGGGGCGCAUGACCGCGGCAAGAAGGAUCCCGAGGUAUUUCAGACGGUGACGGACGGCCUGAAGAAGCUCUACAAAAGCAAACUGCUUCCCCUGGAGGAACAUUACCGCUUCCACGAGUUCCACUCGCCCGCCCUGGACAAUGCGGAUUUCGACAACAAGCCCAUGCUGCUGCUGGUCGGUCAGUACUCCACCGGCAAGACCACCUUCAUCAGGUACCUUCUUGAACAAGAUUUCCCAGGAAUGAGGAUUGGACCUGAGCCAACUACUGAUUGCUUCAUUGCUGUAAUGAAUGGGGAUGUAGAAGGAGUGAUCCCUGGAAAUGCUCUGGUGGUGGAUCCAAAAAAGCCAUUCCGGAAGCUUAAUGCUUUUGGCAAUGCCUUUUUGAACAGAUUUAUGUGUGCCCAGUUACCAAACCCAGUGCUUGAAAGCAUUAGCAUUAUUGACACUCCUGGCAUCCUCUCUGGAGAGAAGCAGCGCAUCAGCCGAGAGCAAGAGGAAGGGUACAGAUCGCUCAGUCGAUGCCCAUAUGGAGGUUAUGACUUUGCUGCAGUAUUGGAAUGGUUCGCUGAGCGUGUUGACCGAAUCAUCCUUCUCUUUGAUGCUCAUAAGCUGGAUAUAUCUGAUGAGUUUUCUGAAGUUAUCAAAGCACUCAAGAAUCAUGAAGACAAGAUCCGUGUAGUGCUGAACAAGGCAGACCAAAUUGAGACCCAGCAGCUAAUGAGAGUUUAUGGUGCUCUUAUGUGGUCUUUAGGCAAAAUUGUCAAUACUCCUGAAGUGAUAAGGGUAUACAUUGGCUCGUUCUGGUCUCAUCCUCUUCUGAUUCCAGACAAUCGUAAGCUUUUUGAGGCUGAGGAACAAGAUUUAUUUAAAGAUAUCCAGAGCCUCCCUCGAAAUGCUGCUUUACGAAAACUCAAUGACCUGAUCAAGAGGGCACGACUUGCAAAGGUUCAUGCCUACAUUAUCAGUGCCUUACGAAAAGAGAUGCCAGCUGUGUUUGGCAAAGACAGCAAGAAAAAAGAACUAAUCAACAGCCUCGGAGAUAUUUAUGCCCGGAUUGAACGAGAACAUCAGAUAUCCCCUGGGGAUUUUCCUAACACUAAGAAAAUGCAGGAUCUACUGCAGGUGCAGGAUUUUGCAAAGUUUCAGCCACUAAAGCUUAAACUUUUGGAGACAGUCGAUGACAUGUUGGGAAAUGACAUUGCUCAGCUCAUGACCCUAGUACGUCAGGAGGAAACCCAGCGGCCUGUCCAGAUUGUGAAAGGUGGGGCCUUUGAAGGCACAAUAAAUGGCCCAUUUGGGCAUGGAUAUGGUGAAGGAGCUGGCGAGGGCAUUGAUGACCUGGAAUGGGUUGUGAUCCGAGAUAAGCCAAGCUAUGAUGAGAUUUUCUACACCCUCUCUCCCAUCAAUGGGAAAGUCACUGGAGCGAAUGCAAAGAAGGAGAUGGUAAAAUCCAAGCUUCCAAACACUGUGCUGGGAAAGAUUUGGAAGCUGGCAGACAUAGAUAAGGAUGGCAUGUUGGAUGAUGAGGAGUUUGCAUUGGCUAAUCACUUAAUUAAGGUUAAACUGGAAGGUCAUGAGCUACCCAGUGAAAUUCCUCAGCACUUGAUUCCACCAUCAAAGAGAAAGCUAGCUGAGUGAUACUGAGUAGUGAUUAUCUUGUCUCCGAGGAAGACAAAGACUGGAAUGUAGACAGUUUUGAAGUCUUGAUACCUAAGUUAGGCAGGUAGACAAAAUGAUGUAACAAAAAGCUUUUGCAUAGUAAAAUACUUCUUUCCACUAUAUAGAGGGGAGAAAAUCAAACUUUAAUUAGGAAACAUGUAUUCCAUAAAAAUGUUAUCACUAAAAUAUGAUCUGAGAAUGAAAGCAUUUCUCUUUCCUUUUUUUAAAAAGCAUCUUGUUGUAACCUGAGGUCAUUGUAUACUGUUGCAUUCCUCGGCAUCUUUCUAUCACUAACUUUUUGUUUCAGAAGCAGUAAAUCUGAACUCUAAAGGUAAUAUAUUGCCUGAAUUAUCAUUAUCUUUCAAGGCAUGAGGUCCCAUCACUUCUCUUCUGCACUUAUUGUGUUGAAAUACUCUAAGGUGUCACCUUGAAUGCAAGGAGUUGUAUAGAAAUUCAAGUUGUCCACUUUUUUUUAUCAGGAAGCUGGGAUUUUAUUUUAUCCACAUUUAGCACUGUAGUGAAUAACUGGGGUUAGCCCUUUUUAAAAUCCAGGGUAGUUUGUUUUUCACUUGAAAAGAACAGAUGUUUUUAUAAAUAUAGUUUGCUUUAUUGCCUUAUAUUUUGCAGCUUCUGAAUCAUGGUUUAGUAUUUACCUGUUCAGUCAUCUUUGGGUAGGUCAAUGUUGCAAAUAUUACAAAAAGCACUCCAGUGUCGAGCCAAAUGUUGCCGCGUAUGAAAGUAUUUUCAGGACUUUCUGGACACAGUUUAGAGACUUUACCGUGUCCUGUUGGGAGGGGUUCCUAUUUUGUUCAGUCAUUUGUAACUUUGCUGUGACUUGUUGGUAGCAGUUGAUCCAUUUUGUGGCUUGUAUGGUGACUGUAUAAAGUAAGAGGUUAUAACAUUGGCAAAGAAAAACUGAACCAUACUCCAUCGUGUGAAGAACUGUGAAUUGUAUAUUUAAGUAUUUUCUAUAUAACUGCAUUUGCGUGCACACCUAAGUACUUAAGCAAAAUAUGAAAAUAACUAUGCAUCCACCAGUUAAAAUGCAUUCAUGUUAAAAUGCUGUAACUUAGUAUGCUGACGCUUUUCUGCCUUUAACUGUGUAUGUGUAGCUGUUUUCUACACGUCACCUGUCCUUUUCUGCUUUGCUUUGUGCAUUUUUAUUUUAAUUCAAGAUUUCUAGGCCUUAUACUUUACUUUUUUAAAAAAAAUGCUCUAUACAAUCUCUUCCAUUGUGGUUGUAUCGAAGACUAUGACACUAAGUAUUGCUUGUCUAGUAUUCACGUUUUUUUGUGUGACUAAAUUUUUGGUUUUUUUUCUCAAGUCUUGUCAAAACUUGCUCUAGUGAAUCAAUGCUAUGAGAUAUUGAAAGUAUGUAGUAAAUCCCAGAAAUACAGUAAGUUGUUUUUAUGUGAGCUUUACUGAGUGGAUUUUAAGCUGCCUCAUGUUCAAAUGUUAGUCUUACCACCUCUUGCUGAUAUGCUAUCCAAACACUGAUUGACACUUGUGUGAAAAAUUGUAACUACUCACGUCACAGUGCAGCUACUGAAAGUUUAACAAAUCUACAACCUGUAAGAAUAUGCUAUCCAUGUAUUUUCAAAAAAACUGAAAAGUCGAUCAUCUAAAAGGAAUGUCCCCAAAUAAUGCACCAAACAUUGAACUGAAAUCUCUUGUUUAAAUUGCUCAACUCCAUCCACAAUCUAAUUAAAGUGCAAUUAAGAAACAAUGCACAUCUCCCAUCAAAAGGGGAAAAGCAAAUAAGUUUAUACUUGAGUCGUCAAUGGGAGUCAUUGGCUCCCAGCUUCCAUGAAUACAUUAAUAUGGAUAGUACAAUUUGACUCUUCAAUAUUUAAUAUUAAAAUUGAGAUUCAUGGCAACUUCAACCUCUUGCACCACUUUAAGCCAUUUAUUUUUAAAUUCCAAAGAGGAUCGUUUUUCAAUUUAGCUACAGAUUAUCCAUAAAUUUAAUGUUCCCAUUGGGAAUCUAGAGGUGGAGAGUUUCUCUGGAUGUUCAGACAACAGAGGGAAGAACCAGAAAUUUGAACAAGCAGUAUUCUGCACUUUUCAAGUAAAUCCUAAGGGAAUUUAUUUUGUAGUUGGAUGGAGGGGGUCGAAUGAAAUUAGUUCUUGUUUUUGCAGAACUACUAAUUUAAAUAUCUGAAUAUUUGGAAGGUAAAGAACCUGUGGAAGAUACAGACUAAUUAAACCAAGUAUCUCUUUUUUUUCUAUGAUUCAUGCUAUUAAUGUUUUGAGUGAUAUUGUUGGGUUAGCCCAACACUAUAGUGGGGAUGUGUGCAAUCUAUGUACUGGGAAACGUUCACCAAAAGUUUUUUUUAAUACAUUGCAUUGCUUUUUUUCUUUUUGUUUUGACAUUGCAACAUUUGGCUCAUUUGAUCUUGUGAGCAGGGUGUCUGAACUAACUGCUGACACAAUUCUUUAGGACUGUAAGAAAGUAGUCCAGGCACUGUUACUUGGGUGAUGCUGUUUAGUUUUUCAGGGAGCUGGUGGUGCAGAUUGAAGCACAUAAUUUUGAGGUCAAUUCACUGAAUCGGAAUGACGAGGUAUGCUUGCGUCCUUUGUUUGCCCAGCCAUGUAUGAUUUAAGCAAUUUCCAGUUAAAUGGUUAUUCUUAUAUUCAUGUGAUCCAAAUAAUUUGGUCUUUUGACUAGAAUGUAAGACAAUUUCAAAAUCCCACACACCAGUUGUAUUCUCACAUUUAGGCAUUAUUGUAAAUCAUGCAGAUUGAGAGUUAAGAUUUCCUUUGGUUACUAUGUCAAAUGAAAUUUUUUAAUGUAUUCUUUUAAACAAAUGUAUGGGCAACAUGGGGUGUUUUGACAAAGCCACAUUCUCCGGUUUUCUUUUUUCUUCUGGAGUAAAGUUCAAGGAUCGAUGAAUAAUGGUUUUAUCUUCUGACCAUCAGCAAAUGCCUGACUCUACUUCCCAUGAACUUUAGUGUAAACACAUUGAGCAGUUCCUUGGUGCUCUUCUCAUAGAACAUCAAAUAAGCAUAUGGAUCCCUAGCUUUCAUUUAUAGUAAGGAUGUAAGAGAAUUUUUGUCUUUUAGUCAAGUAUUCCGCUAAUGUGAAAUACUCAAGUCCAACAAUUAACCCUAUUGUACUGGGUGCUGUCUUUGCUUAAGUUGCUGCUUGUGAAAAGAUUGCUACUGAAUUUUGGUAUCAAACUUUUAUGAAGCAAAAAUCUACUGAUUUAUCUGCCAGAUUUUAAGGAAAGUCAAUGUACUGCUGUUGAAUGGAGGAUAUGUCUUCCUCUAUAUGCUGUGGCUGGCUUUAUUGGCUUGUUUUUAAAAAUACAUGCACAUUUGUAAAAUUGUUUCAGAUUCAUGGCUUUUGCUCACUUUGUCUUUUGGUUACGCUUCCUAAAAUUUGUCAUCUCCCCAGCAUUGUUUGUUGUAGGUUUAAAAAAGAAACCAGUUAUGAAUUUAAUAGUAAAUCAGACACUGCUUUAUUGACAAGCUUUUGGGAGAAGCUGGACACCAAAGGGAUUUCCAAGCUGCUUGCUAAUUACAGACAAGUGCUGAGAUUUUGUGUAUUUUUGUGUUCCACCCCCUUCCUGAUAGUCACGUGACUAGUUCUAUAGAAAAACCUCACUGUUCCAGGUGCCUCGCAAAGCAGGUGAUAGUUAGUGCCACUUCCUAUGUCAUCAGAAUUGCUUGUGCAGCAUUCUGUUUGCAGCAGUGAGUUUUCAUACAGCACUUGACUUUUAACCCUUUAUUUUCUGUCUUCAAGUUCAAAUAGAUCCUUCUCGGGUAUACUCCUUUUGGGUCCAAAUUUCAAAAUGGGUUGGAUGUGAAGCUGUUUGUGAUUUUUAUUUUGUCCCCUUUAGCCACUUUAUCCUGUAAAUGGUAUUGGCAGUAAUUGAUUAGAUAUGUACAUGUAUACACAUGCAGGAUAGUAUGGUCUUAAGUGCAUUGUAUUCAGAAAUCAUGUGCUGAAUAGAACUAGUGGAUCAAAUAUACUGGAUAUCUACUUUUUUCAUCAGGAAAGUUCUGAUUUACUAACAUUGUUCAAUCUGGGUUUUUUUAAAAGGCAAUUGAUUGUGGUUUAUCAUAAGUACUGAUUUCCCCAAUUUACACUUCUUUAAGAAGCCUUAGUUAUGAUAUUCAGUUGGAUGUCCAACUUGCAUGUUUUUCAAACUUUAAAAAAAACACUUCUUCCAUGCAAAUUGGUGCAGAAAUUAAAUGUCAAAAUGUUUAGGAAGUCCUUGCUUAUUGUGCUUCUGACAUCAAAACGAGCAAAAGAAAAUGAUACUGCAUUGAGUAUGUGGUUUUGUUACAUAUUGCAAUUAUACACAUGCCUUUUGCAUGUAGUUACUGUAUUUUGGAAAUUCUGUUAUGGCAUUCCUGGGUUUAUUUCAACUGUGCUUCCAAGAGUCUAAGUUUUUGUAAUAUUUAUCCUUUGCCAAUAAUAUGCUAUUGUACAUUUAUAAAAUAUUGUAUUUACAGUGUACAAAUCUGUGCGGUUUCUCUAUCUCUAAUAAAACACAAGUUCUAUUGCA